UGUCUCAUAUAAAGGCGUGCGAUCUGAAGACCAUGAUCAUUGUGCGUUUGUGAUCGCGCGGGAAUCUUGUGAAUUAGUGUAUCUUAUUUAAUUAUGAAUCAUCUGAGCAUAUUUUUGUUAUGUUGCUCGCUGGCCGUGACCAUCGCGCAGAGAAUAGCUGACACCAGCAAUGACGUCACAGACAGCCAGAGAAGGACCACCGGCGGAUACGGACUGCUUCGACCCGGUUACUCGAGUAGCUACCCGGGUUAUGGCGGAUAUAAUAGUGGGUAUGGAGGAUUAGGGAGCGGUCUUGGAAGUUACGGUGGCUAUGGAGGAGGCUACGGUAGCGGAUACGGCGGUGGAUAUGGCAGCGGAUAUGGCAGUGGUUAUGGCAGCGGAUAUCCCGGAUAUGGGGGUUCUAGUUUCGGUUAUCCGGGGCAAGGAUACCAGGGCGGUUACGGAGGCAACUACGGGGGUUAUCAAGGCGGAUAUGGAGGUUACGGCGGAGGACAAGGAUACCCGGGCUAUGGAGGAUACCGCCCCAACUACAGGCCUGGUUUUGGCAACGACUACCGCCCGGGAUACGGCAAUACCGGGUACCAAGGCAGACCCGGGUACAACCAAUAUACACCCGGUUACGACCGACCUUACCCGGGCAACGCUGGCAAUUAUUUUGGCGGAUACGGAGACGGAUAUAGCACCACAUUCAGACUGCAAGCGAGGAGUGUUGACGCCAAAAAGGAUGAGAAAUCAUCAGCUUAAUGUAUAGAUGUUAUAUGCACUGAUAUUUUACACUGUAUAGAUAACUAAUAAGUUUGUAAGAUAUAUUAUUUUAUAUUUUUACUUAAGACGACAAUUAAACUGUGAUUUAUAUCAA